AUGUGGCUAGCUCUCAGGUCCCAACAGAUGCCAUUGACCCUUCCCAGACAGAUGAGUGCCCGGAGCCCAUGGGGCUGGGAAGGGGAUCUGUGGGGGAAUCUGCCCCGCCCCCCCCUGGCUCCCUACCCACCUUGGCAGGUCGAUUCCUCAUGCCAUGCGGCCUUCCCCGACUGCCACUAUCACUGCUCGGCCGCGGCCAGCAGCUACCAGCCCCCAGGACCCACGUACGAUGCAACAGACUCCUAUGCCCCCGUGGGGACCGGGGUGUUUGGAGCAGGGGAUCCCUACAGCACCAUGAUGGCAGCCACGGGGGACUUGGAGGUCCCUGUGUCAGCCCCCUCACUGACUUCAACUCCACAGGCAUCCACUGCCCCCUGGAUGCAGCCUGCCCGGAGCACCCCCUAUUCUGACCCCCUAGAGCUGGGCAGCUUCGGGGACCCGGUUGGGGUGCUGGAUCCCAGGGAGCUGGCUAUGGCCCGAGCUGAGAUCCGGAGCAUGGACCCGGCGCGGCUGCUGCAUCAGGAUGAAGAUGGGGACACGAUCCUACACCUGCUGGCUGCCCGGGGGCUGCGUCACUUUGCCCAGGCGGCCGCCGAGGCCUUCAAGGAGUGCGGGCGGCUGGAGAUCAAGGAGCACAAGGGCAAGACCCCGCUGCUGGUGGCUGCCACGGCCAACCAGGCCGAGCUGGUGCGGGACCUGCUGGCGCUGGGAGCUGAUGCCAAUGCCGCUGACCACAAGGGGCAGACGCUGCUGCACCUGGCAGCCACCUAUGGGUUCCCCAACGUCCUCAUGGCUGUGAUGGCAUCUGGGGUCCUUGUCAACGUGGAGGCCAGGAACUUUGAAGGGCAGACCCCUCUGCACUGUGCGGUGAUCUCCCACAACAAGGCCUUGCGGGCGCUGGGCGUCGGGACCCCGACCCCAGAGCGGCUGCAGGAGAUGUUGGCCUGCAUCCAGGCCCUGCUGCACAUGGGGGCAGAUCACACCAGCCAGGACAUAAAGAGCAGCAAGACGGUUCUGCACCUGGCCGUGCAGGAUGGGAACCUGUCACUGGUUCAGUUCUUCCUGCAGCUGCCCGGGCCCCGGCAAUUCAUCAACAUGAAGGCCCACGGGAACACGGCUCUGCACAUGGCCGCAGCCCUGCCGAGCCCCCCCUGCCAGGAGAGCCUCGUGCGGCUGCUACUGAGCCAGGGAGCUGACCCCAGCGCUCGCAACCUGGAGAAUGAGCAGCCGGCCCAUCUGCUGCCCCCCGGGCCCGGGGGAGACCAGCUGCGCCUCUUGUUGAAGAGCCGGCGUCCACUCCCUGGCGCUGCCCGCCGUCCCGCCCAGCCCCCCUAG